CAUAUCCAAAAGGGCAAGAAGAUUUGUAAAACAGGGACCUUUCCUUUUUACCCCUUGCUGCCUUGGCAUUCUAGUAGGGGUAAAAAAAUGGCUUCCAAUUCAAUGAUGUAACUUUUGCUCCUGAAGAAAUCCUGGGAUGAUCAAAACGCAAUUGCAUCCCAUUUUUCCAGGAUUUUCUUUUUCAAAGGAAAACAAACAUUUUCAGGGGUAAAUUGCAGACUACACUAACAUUAUCUAAUUACUCAAAGCUAUGACAGCAAGAUGUUGCUGGCCAAAGAUAUUCAGUAGUUAUUGUUGCAAUUUUAGUUGUUGUAACGGUGCUGACGGUGAAGACGAUCAAGAUCAAAUUAAUGCCGACGACCCGAAUCGUCACAUAGAGCUAGCUACGGGAAGGGUUCAACUCAUCAACACGAUCCAGAAAUGGGACGCCAAGCUCCUUGAGGCCAAGAAGGCCGGCAAGAUUGUCAUCCUCAAUUUCAGCUCUUCUUGGAGUAGUCCUUGCAGAAGGAUAGCUCGACCCUAUUGCAAGCUUGCCGACAAAUACCCUUCCAUCACAUUUCUUACCGUCGACGUAGAUGCACUUGCGGAAAUGAGUUCGACAUGGGAAGUCAAGGCCACACCAACAUUUUUCUUCCUGAAAGAAGGGAAACAAUUGGACAAACUUGUUGGUGCAGACAAGUUAGAGCUCAAAACGAAGAUUGCUAAUAUUGAUAGCCUACCCUCAUAGUAUUCCAAAAAAGCAAGUGCAAGUGAUUAUUUUGGAUAGAGAUUUGCCCUUAUCUUUUUCUUAGUGCUCUCAGCCAAACAAAAUGUAAAGCAAGUUUGAUAAAAAAAAAAAAAAAGAUUGGAAGAGGAAGAGGAAAAGGAAGAGAGGUGUACAUGUUCAUGGAAAAUGUAUGGAUGAGCAUACUUGGACUAUGAUUUUGUAUUCAUACUUUUGCAUUUAACGCGUAGAUGUAUUAACUUUUAGUUUUCCAUGCUCUUCAAGUUUUGGAAACUCAACACAUUUAUUGAGAGGACUACUAAGAAGGAUGAUUUUCACUAUAUAUCUCCAUUAAAUUGGUCAUAUUUCUUG